AAGAUCAAGGAAAAAUGCCUCCAAAGCGAACGAGGGCGGGGCCCGGGAAGAAGGAGAGUCCUGCAACUAAUGCGCCGCAGCCGGAGGAGGAGGAGGAAAGGACCAGGCUGCCGUUGCCGGAGGGCUUCUACGGCUCUGUGCUCAACGCGAAAUGGAGCCACGUCUUGGGGUUUCCCGAGGUGGACGAGUACGAGGAGGAGUUGGUGCGAAUGGAGGUGAAGGAGGGCCAACGGCCAACGCAGUCGUGGGAGUACAAGUCUCGAGGCAUGAGUUUUGAACUGGACGGCGCCGUGGAGCAAUUCUCCCCACCGCGCCCCUGGCUGAUGGUGCUCUCCUCCGAGAAGGGGUGGCCGUACUCGCUGCAGGAGGGCACAGCCCUUGCCGACUGCUACGUCACCGCCGAGGCGGAGCGGGUGUGGAAGCGCCUCGAUGGCUUUCUGCGCAUGUUGUUCCGCCAUUCCACGGGAGGAGACUCUGACGUGAAACGAGUUUUGUUGCUUGGGACGCCCGGGAUCGGGCAGUCGAUGACUGUCGGUUCCUACCUCCUCUACCAGCUGCUCCACUACGACGCCGAGCAAUUGCAGGUGGCUAUUUACUGCCUUGGGGGAGAGCUGGCGUACGUGUUUGACAAGACCACGCAAGCGGUGACGGAGCACGAGGGCGCGGGCAGUAUUGUCGAUGCAAUUAACGACUUGUCCCGGCGCGGAAAAAAAGGGUAUAUUGUCUACGAUGUGUCGGAGGAAGGAGCACCGCCGCCGUCAGGACUACCGCCUGAUGGGUGGGGCAUGAUUGUGCUGGGAUCCCUAAAACAACAUAACUACAAAGCGCUGGCGACGCAACUGCACACGGGCCUCACCGUCAUGAACUGCCCUGACGAGGAAGAGGUGAAGGCGAUGUGUGCCUGGAGGAAGCGUGACUGCCCUGAGCAGGAACGAAAUAAGUACUAUGGGGCUGUCUACAGUCGCAUGUUUUACGUGGGGCCGCUGCCACGUUACGUCUUGACUGAGGCUGAGUUCAAUGAGCGCACCGCGGCGGUUGAGAGCGCCCUGCAGGCGAUUACCGCCUCGGCUGCCAACGACUACCUUGAUCGUAAAGACGGGAACAUUUGGUGUCCGAAGAAUCCGUUUCAGCAACUUGUGAAAAUUGUGCGGGAGAGCAAAGGAUGCGGUUUGGAGGGCAUGCGCUGCACAGAUAUAUGUCGCAGCCUUGGUGCUAGAGUGGCGCAACGUCUGGGUGAGGUACUCGGCUCGAGUGAGGGUUUCUGGCGGUUGGUGAGUGCCGGCGAUCGUCGCUUAAGAUUCUGA